UAUUUGUAGUCAUGUCAUGUCAUGUCAUGUCUUGUCAUUAUUUUGUUGCUUGUUAUUGUCCUAAAAAUAAAUAUUUUUUGACUAUUUUCGUAGUACUAGGACUAGAAACCUACAUAAAUUCGAAUAUCAAUCAGGAAAAGUGUGAUGUGAUCUCAGAGUGAUUCCAUAACUUCAAACUGAGGUUGUGAAAUGUAAAACAAUGACUGUUAAACCCAUUUCUCCUAUAGAUGAUAACUCUAAAGACCUAAGUUUGAAAGUAGGCGGAGACCUUGGUGAUCUACAAAUCAGUACACCAAGUGAUUGUGAAGACGAUGACACCGACCGAAAUACUGAAAUAUGUUCAAGAAGUGUAGAUAGUGUGUCCAAUAUUCCCUCCAGCUUACUGCAUACUUCAAAUGCUCCAAUAUUCGGUAACGUCGCAGUAGCUAACUCAAAAAAUGUUCACUUAGGAAAUAAUACACAUUUCCAUGGGCCUGUUACCAUAAAGCAAAUUAUCCAUAGUAAAUCUGGUGUAGACAAUGCAUCAUACACAAAAACUGAUGAGGAUGCAACUCCACCUGAAGGACAAAAGCCUACAAGUAAAACUAAAGUCUCAUCAACAAAGAAGUAUCACAUUCACCUAUGGCACAAAGUUGUGAUAAUAGCUACAUGUGUGAUUGUAGUGGCUGUGGUCUUCACGCUUGUGUUUCUACAAAGUAAAACUAGCAAAAGUCACAAUUCUUCUUCUAAUCAAGAGUCAGACACUUCAAGCACAACGGUGGUGGGUCUAUCGUAUGACUACCUGGCAUUGGUAACAUUUUUCACAAUUUUGAUGGUUCUAACUAUGCAGUUGAUGAUAUACCCUUUACUAACUACACACACGAAUAAUGAUGACGAGCAAAAUAAACAUGAUACAUCAAAGAACAUCAUUCCCGACACAAGUCAAUAUGUUGACAAUCGAAUGAGAGUUGUUCGAGAAGCAACGAAUACCUUGAUUGCCCCAAAUCAUUUGAGGAUAGUCUCUCGGACUGACUGGCUGGCUCAACCUCCCGACGACCCCAAUUUGGAUAAACUUCGCAUGCCCGUACCCUGGGUCAUAAUAGCACAUACUGCGACAGAGAAUUGCUAUUCACAGACCGAAUGCGUGCUAAGGGUCAGACUGAUUCAAAUGUUCCACAUGGAGUCACGAAAGUGGGAUGACAUUGGAUAUAAUUUCCUAGUCGGAGGAGACGGCUCAGCGUAUUACGGCCGCGGGUGGGAUAUCCAGGGUGCCCACACGCUUGGCUACAACAAGUACAGUAUAGGCAUUGGUUUUGUUGGCACUUUUAAUAAUGUGUCUCCGUCUGACAAACAACUAGAAGCAUGUAAAAAACUCCUUCAGUUAGGUGUCCAACUAGGGAAACUUUCGAAAGACUAUAAGUUGCUCGCACACCGGCAGCUGCAGUCUACAUUGAGCCCCGGGGACAAGCUUUACAACAUUAUAAAAACUUGGCCACAUUUUGUUAACGAUACGUCGGAUUUGUCAUCAUUGAUACCCCCUUACUGAGUGCCAAAAAAGUAAGUGAAAAAUCACUAUUUGCUUACAUAUUUACAUAACACAAGUUUUCAUGUGACAAAUUGUCUGAUUCCAAGAUGGCUUAUGUUUGUUGAAGAGGAUUUUGUUGUGCCCCAAAGAAAAAAAUAUUGUAAUUCCUUAUAAAGAUUCCUUGGAUUUAUUAUGAAACUUAUGGGAUCCGUAUAUUUUGCAAGAUAAUAGCUACCUUAUAUUCUAUUCUGCAGUCUUUAGUUGUCUUUGGUAUAUUCUUAAAUGCUGAGUUACAAAAAUUAUUGGUCGAGGCUCUCUAUCGGAAUCAUGCCUCUAGAUUAGUAGUAGAUCACACAUCACGAAUUUGGUCUCAAUCUACACAGGAAAACUAAUCAAUACAUAUAAUAAAACAGUAGAAAAAUUUUUUUCUUUCUACUGUUUUAUUAAUAUGUAAUUUUAUUUUUAUGUCAAUUUAUUCAAUGUACAGGACAUUGAACAAAUUUACAUAAAAAUAAAAUUAGACGAUAAAGCCACAGUCUGUAUGUCUGUUUGUACAUGCUAAUCUUCGGAACUACUGGACAGAUUUGAAUGAAACUUUUUUGUUAUAUAUAUAGCUAUUAAGCCUGGGCGACAUAUAGGGUAUAAAUUAUUUUGAAAACUGGAACACCAGAUGGAGUACAAUGAUAGUACAGCUAAACUAUAGGAAAUAUUGAAAUGACAAUUUGUGACAAAAAUAUAGGUAUCUAUAUUUUUGUCACAAAUUGAUUUGUAGUUUUCAUAAUUACGAACGAGUUGAAAAAAUUCUUUCAUUUUUGUUCGGGCCCUAUUUGUAUAAUAGCCGCACGCUAGCUAUCAUAAUCAAGGUAAUUUUAUUUAUUUUUCUAUAAGCAAUAAAAAUAUGUUGGUGGCGCUAGCGUACGGCUAAAGUUAAGUUUACGUAACUGUUGUUUUAACAAUAAUUACAGUUUGUGUUGUUUUUGUUGUUGGUGUUUGUUUUGUUGUAACAAGUACAUCUACUUUAACUUUGUGUACUUCUUCACUACUGGAUAUUUCAAAGAGUGUGAUUAUUAUCAUGAGAGCUGAAUUAAGGAUGUCAGCUUAAUAAAAAAGUUCUCUAUUAAUCGUUGAUUUGUAUGUCUAGAAAUAAUAGUUUCUACAAUGCACGUAUAACCAGUUUGUCUAUAGAGAGUAGGUAGAAAAUAGCUUCCUGUUGCCUGGCGAUACUGUUUUUUAUCUUGUCAAUUCUGUUUGGUGUUGCAGUGGAAAAAAUGUAGUGUGUUAAAAUCCAUUAUUUACCUACUCUUUAUAGACUGACUGUAUGUAAGUAUAAUAGGCAUGGAAUUAGUUGGUACUCCGUGUGCGAAGUACUUAUUAAAUUCAUGAUAAUAGGUCGCAUGACAAUGUCCGAUAAUAUAAAAAGUAUUCAUUAUUGUCUAGAUAAAAUAGAUAUUUUUAUGAUCAUUUUGAACAGUAAUAGACUGAAACAAUGUAACUGGAUCAAAUUAAUGAAAUAAUGAAAAUUGUGUCCUAUCCUAUCUAGCAAGUCCAAGUACGUUUUGAACGUUCGGGCGGUAAAGAUUAGUUUUAGUUAGGAAUUUAUAAUAAUUAUUUCAAUAUAUUGUCAUAUCACAAAUGUUUACCUUUUGUUAUAAUUAUAGGUGAUAAUUUGCUCAAUUUAUAUUAUAUAUACAUACAGAUUGACUUACCGACCAAAUGUCUUGGAAUGUUGUGAUUUUACGGAAACUUUUUACGUUAAAAAUUCUCCUAGUUUUAAUUUUAAUUAUUUUUGAAUCCGACACAUGUGCCUUAUUAUUAUAUGAUAGAUUAUUUGUAUAUAAUUGCUGUGUAUUUAUUUUUAAAGUCAGUUAUGAUUGCUGGAUGAAGUUGGAAUGUUUAAAAUUUAUAACUAAAAUAAAUUUAAGUUUUGGAUUUCAUUAUGUGUGCUGUGCUUAAUUUCUGGCUUCACUCGGGUGAACCCAUAAUUUAAAAAUGUAGCCUAAUUUACCAGUAUCCAUGUAUCUAGUUAUUUUUGGGUUGACUUAUUGUAAGUCUUUAUGAUAUUGGUAUGGACAGAUAGAAUUUUUCUGAAUUUAGUUUUUUUAUUUGUCAAUAUUUUGAUUGGAUUCUGGUCAUCAUUUGAAAUGAUAUGUAAAUAAAACGAAAGGUGACGAUCUGCAUCCAUAACGCUUAAAGUAACUAAUAAAAUAUUUUGAUAAUUGCGAACAAAACUGUUAGUGAAAUGUUGAAAUAUGUAUUAUAUAUGAAGUGUAAAUAUGUGUACUUAUUGUAUAAUAUAGAUAUAUCACAUGCUGCCAA